CACAACUGCGGGCCCGGCGUGACUUUCAGAGGGGGGUCAGGCAGGCACAGAUUGGGGGUCGUCUGAAGCCUGCUAGCUGUCAAAAUGAGGGUUUUAAAAGCUGCACUGUGUCUGACAAAGUCGCGUUAUGCGGCUCCGGGAAGUGUCACGCUGAAGAAGGUGCUCAUCGACAGCUGCAGGUCCUGCUCCUCCGGCGUGUUUCCCAACGAGAGGAUCCGAAAUAUCGGGAUCUCCGCGCACAUCGACUCGGGAAAGACCACCCUGACCGAGCGCGUCCUCUACUACACUGGCAGGAUAGCAGAGAUACACGAGGUGAAGGGAAAGGAUGGUGUCGGAGCCACUAUGGACUCUAUGGAGCUGGAGAGGCAGAGAGGCAUCACCAUCCAGUCCGCAGCCACGUACACCAUGUGGAAGGAUCACAACAUCAACAUCAUUGACACGCCAGGCCAUGUGGACUUCACCAUUGAAGUGGAGCGAGCCCUGAGAGUGCUGGAUGGUGCUGUGUUGGUUCUGUGUGCGGUGGGAGGUGUCCAGUGUCAGACCAUGACUGUAAACAGACAAAUGAAACGUUACAACGUCCCCUUCCUCACCUUCAUCAACAAGCUGGACCGCAUGGGGGCCAACCCCAGCCGAGCCCUGCAGCAGAUGAGAUCCAAACUUAAUCACAACGCAGCCUUUGUCAACAUCCCCAUUGGCUUGGAGGGGAACAUGCGUGGCAUCAUUGACCUUGUCGAGGAGCGCAGCAUUUAUUUUGAUGGACCAUUUGGCCAAACAAUUCGCUACGAUGAAAUCCCUGCAGAUUUUCGAGCUGAGGCGACAGACCGGAGGGAGGAGUUGGUGGAAUGUGUUGCAAACGCAGAUGAAAUUUUGGGAGAAUUGUUUCUGGAAGAAACAGUCCCAACCAACAGUGACCUGAAGGCUGCGAUCCGCAGGGCCACGGUGCAGCGUCUCUUCACCCCGGUGUUGGUCGGCACAGCGCUGAAGAACAAAGGCGUCCAGCCCCUCCUGGACGCCGUGCUGGAUUACCUGCCCAACCCCAGCGAAGUCAAAAACUACGCCAUCCUCAACGAUGAAGAUUCAACUACAACAACAAAGAUUGAAAUGGACUCAACAAGAGAUGCUUCAAACCCAUAUGUCGGUCUGGCCUUCAAACUGGAGGCGGGGAGGUUUGGCCAGCUGACGUAUAUACGGGUGUACCAGGGCUGUCUGAAGAAAGGGGAAUACAUCUACAACACGCGCACAAGCAAGCGAGUCCGGAUUCAGAGGCUUGUGCGUCUCCAUGCUGAUCAGAUGGAGGACGUGGAUGAGGUUUAUGCAGGAGACAUCUGUGCUCUGUUUGGGAUCGAUUGUGCAAGUGGAGACACUUUCACAUCCAAAGCUACGGCUAACCUGUCCAUGGAGUCCAUUCACAUCCCAGAGCCUGUCAUUUCCAUGGCCAUGAAGCCAGCCAACAAGAACGACCUGGAUAAGUUCUCCAAAGGUAUAAACCGUUUCACCAGAGAAGAUCCUACAUUUAGAGUCCACUUCGACACCGAGAGUAAAGAAACCAUCAUCUCAGGGAUGGGAGAGCUGCAUCUGGAAAUCUACUCACAGAGGAUGGAGAGGGAGUACAACUGCCCCUGUGUGAUGGGGAAACCCAAAGUGGCUUUCAGAGAGACCAUCACCAGCUCAGUACCGUUUGACUUCACACAUAAGAAGCAGACGGGUGGCUCUGGACAGUUUGGUAAAGUUAUUGGCGUCCUUGAGCCUCUCGAGCCUGAACUUUCCACCAAGCUGGAGUUUGAGGAUCGGACAGUCGGAACCAACGUCCCGAAGCAGUUUAUCCCCGCUGUUGAAAAGGGCUUCCGAGAGGCCUGUGACAAGGGUCCCCUGAGCGGACAUAAGAUUUCAGGAGUGAAGUUUGUCCUGGAGGACGGCGCAAACCACAUGGUGGACUCCAAUGAGAUCUCCUUCAUCCGGGCAGGAGAGGGCGCUCUUAAGCAAGCUAUGGAGAAGGCCAACCCCAUCAUCCUGGAGCCGAUCAUGUCUGUGGAGGUGGUCGCCCCUCAGGAGUUUCAGGGAGCCGUCAUCUCUGGGAUCAACCGCCGUCACGGCGUGAUCACGGGACAGGACGGAGCUGAGGGAUACUUCACUCUGUAUGCCGAGGUUCCACUAAAUGACAUGUUUGGCUAUGCUACAGAGCUACGCUCCUGCACUGAGGGAAAAGGCGAGUACACCAUGGACUACAGCAGAUAUCAGCCCUGCUUACCAGCCACUCAGGAGGAGCUCGUCCAUAAAUACCUGGAGGCGACAGGACAGCUGCCCGUGAAGAAGAACAAGUGGAAGAGCUGAAGAGACUCAUCCCAGCUCGUCACUAUCAGACUUUCCCCCGUCUUUGCACACAUUUCCCAUCACAUCGACAUGACUUUUAUUUGUAGAGCCAAACAAAUGAUGGUGAUUUACUUUCCUUCGAUUGUUUAUCUUUCUCCCCGAUAACUGCAGAAAACAUAUUUAUUAUGUUAGUUUUGGCGCCAUUUGAACUCUACUGUCUCCCGCCACUGUUUAAAAACAAAAGGAUAAGUUACAGCAAGCUCAUUGUUUUCACUUGAGCUUAUAAUGGCUUUUGUACUAUGUACAGAAUGGUCUCCCUGUAAUAAUUAUUUCAACAAAGACAUUGAUCCUUCUUUUAAAGCAUGGUUUGGUUUCCAUACAGAUUUUUCAUAAUCAAGACAAACACUUUGCAGCCUAUUAAGCAACCAAAAGCACCAAUGCCCGUCUGGGACGGUUUCUUCUCACCUGUUCAGUGUUCUUUGCCAUCUGAGGUACGAUGUUGGGAUCAGCUGGUACAUCUGUUGAAGCAGUCUCAGGCCUGAAGGUCACAGUGGGGCUCCCAGUGACCCCACACACCGCCAGAACCAACGCAAUCAUCACACCCAUCACUGCGCGCUGUAAUAGAUACACUUGAGGAAAGUAGAAAUGACUUCUGUGGAAGAAUGCAGGCAGGGAAAUGACCGUCCUGUCAGCAUGGGGUUAUAUAACGAGGAGGAGGAGGAGGGGAGCAGAGAGAAGGAGAGACUGUCCAGAUCCUGUCGUCCUCUUGGCAUGAUCAGUUUAUUUUCUUUUUCCUCUCUACAAAAUGAAACGGCUC